AUGGUCGCGAAACUGUCGAGAAUGAGCCGCAUCAUCGUCGACCGCGAACCAGCCCCACACCAGACAACAUUCACCCUGCUGUACAGCGACUUCCUGGGCACCCAACGGUCCGUCAAUGCUGCAUACUACUCUAACCUUCUGAAAACAGACGUGAAACCGGCUUAUCGCACGAAAAGGACGAGCAUUCCAGCAAGAAGUACAGGAUAA